AUGGUGGUUGGCCUAAGAGAGUUCACGCUUAGAACCGAAGAUGGCUCCGGAAAACCGGUUCUCGACGAAUCGAACGGUGAAGAACUUAAGCAAGUGCAGCCUUCCGUCGCCAUCGUUCUCGGAAACCGCCCCGUCGAGUCUCCCGGAACUCUCUACAUCACUUCCCGGAAAAUAAUUUGGCUGAGCGAUGUAGACAUGUCGAAAGGUUACGCCGUCGAUUUCUUAUCAAUAUCACUUCAUGCUGUUUCUAGAGACCCAGAGGCUUAUUCAUCUCCUUGUAUAUAUACUCAGAUUGAUGUUGAAGAAGAUGAGGAUGAGUCUGAUACAGAAUCAACUGAAGUUCUGGACUUGCCAAAGAUAAGAGAGAUGAGGCUUGUUCCUUCAGACUCAAGCCAGUUGGAUACUCUGUUUGACGUAUUUUGCGAGUGUGCCGAGCUUAAUCCAGAACCAGUUGAAGAAGAAGAAGAAAACGGAGAUAGUUGGGUGUUCGGUGCUGAUCAGAUGGAUGUUCGUGGAGGAGGGGAAGAAGAUGCGGAAUGGCAAAUGUCUCAGAGUCCAACGAGUGUGAUUGGUCAUACCAAUGGAGAUGAAGGUCUUGCUCAGCCUAUGCUUGAGCUCCAAAUCAAUGAUCAGAGGUUUGAGGAUGCUGAAGAGAUGGCUCAUGAUAGUGAGUCCAAGGAUCAUCACUAG